CGGACUCGUCCCCAAUACGUGAUUUGCUUCUGAUCCGAACUCGUUAUUGAAUCUUCCCCAAUGUCAACCCAUGUUUUGCAUAAUGCUUCAUCUUCUUCAAUGGACCAAUUUGUUUUUGAACGCCUAGAAUUACAUUGGGUUUCAGAUGGUUGGGAUUGAGAUGGUUGGAACUGUGAAGGUUGCGAUUGAGAUGGUUGGAACUGAGAUAAUUGGGAUUGAAAUGGUUGGUAUUGAGAUGGUUGUAAUUGGUAAUGAGGUUGGAAUUGAGGAUGUGGUACGGGUUGGUAUUGAGAAGGUUGCAAUGGGAAAUAAGAGUACUGGGGUUGAGAUGGAUUUUCGGAUUGAAAUUUUUUUUGAAGAAUCCAAAUUAUAAUUAGAUUGCGGUGAUAAUUCGGAAUUAUAAGAUUGGUUGAAAUUGGGGCGAUAGAAUGGAGGUUGAAGAUCUAUAGAGAUGAAUGUUUAAAAAAAUAUUGAGAGAGAAUUAUUGAAGAUGAUAAUUAUUAAAGAUGAUGAAAUUUAGUACUUAUAGUGUAAAUAAUAUAGCGAUUUAAAAUUACUGUUGCAAGAGUCGUUUGUCUGUGUUUUACUUUGUAUCAAUUGAUUGAUACAAGACAGAAGCCACACAGUCAAUUAUACAAAUAAAUUUUUUUUUUUUUUUUAGCGGAUUGUCCAAAGCCCACUCUAUCUGCAAAUAAUUCAAUAGAGAGUAAUUGUAGGGCCCAUAAAAAGGCACUCUACUUGCUUCUGCGUACCGACCCCUCUCUCUCUCCGCCAACACAGUCACUCUAAAGUUGCUUGUGCCCGGAUUCUCUCAGGUCAUGUUGUUAGGGUCAAUUUUAAAUUAACACUCAACAUCACAUGGUAAAUGACAGUUUCCUACAAUGGUCUAAAAUGAUGUUUCUGAUAGUUUAGGGGUUAUAUGAUAAAUAUUGAUUAGAUAGUCGCACAUGAGACCACUAAUUUGUUUGUAUUACUACUAUACUAAUUUAUUUGCUGGAUGGUCUACGCAUACGAGGGCACUAAUUUGGAAAUUAAGUGUGUGUAUAUGUAUGUAUGAGGCCACUGAGAGCUUCGUGCUUUGCAGAAAUUGUUUGGACUUGGAUCUGAGGAUGUGUGUAUGUGAGAGAGAAGAGAAGAGAAGAGAAGAGAGGGUUUGAGGUGAUUAGUUUGAAUUUAAUUUUGCCAAAGGUGAAAAUGUGGAAGCUUAAGAUAGCGGAAGGAAAUGGGCCAUGGCUAACUAGCACCAACAAUUUUGUGGGGAGACAGAUAUGGGAGUUCGAACCUGAUGCGGGAACGCUAGAAGAGCGAGAACUAGUUGAAAAAGUUAGGGAGGAAUACCGGAAAAAUCGAUUCCGAGUUAAACCAAGCAGCGAUCUUCUAAUGCGAUUACAGCUUAUGAGGGAAAACAAAGUUGAUCUAAAGAUACCCCAAGUGAGAUUGAAUGACAUUGGAGAAGUAACCAAUGAAAUAGUUACGACCGCUUUGAGGAAAUCUAUUCGAUCGACUUCAGCCAUUCAAGCACAUGAUGGGCACUGGCCUGCUGAAAAUUCAGGCCCCCUAUUUUAUACACCUCACUUGGUCAUGGUUCUAUAUCUCAGCGGCACAAUCAAUGUUACUCUAUCACUGGAACACAGAAAGGAAAUUCUUCGCUACAUCUAUAAUCAUCAAAACAAAGAUGGUGGAUGGGGAUUGCAUAUAGAGGGUCAUAGCACGAUGACUAGCACAGCAUAUAGCUACAUUGCAUUGCGUAUACUUGGAGAAGAAACAAGAGGCUGUGAAGAUGGUGCUGUUGCAAAAGCCCGAAAAUGGAUACUUGAUCAUGGUGGCCUUACAGUGAUACCCACUGCAGGAAAGAUAUGUCUUUCGGUGCUUGGAGUGUAUGAAUGGUCAGGUUGCAACCCAGUGCCACCAGAAUUAUUGCUUUUGCCAUCAUAUAUACCUUCAAAAAUGUGGUGCUAUUGCCGUGAUGCAUACAUGCCCACAGCUUAUUUAUAUGGCAAGAAAUAUGUCGGACCGAUCACCGAUCUCAUUCUAUCAUUGAGAAAAGAACUUUAUAAUGAGCCUUAUGACACGAUAAAUUGGAAAAGAGCAUGCCACUUGUGCUUGAAGGAAGAUCUCUACACCCCUCAUCCCUUGAUUCAGGAUAUGCUUUGGGAUGGACUUUAUUACAUUGGUGAGACACUUUUAACACAUUGGCCUUUUUCUAAGUUGAGAGAGAAAGCUCUACAGAAAACAAUAAAGCACCUUCGCUACGAAGCUGAGAAUAGUAGAUAUCUCAAUUUGGGAUGUAUAUCAAAGUUCUUCCACGUGAUGGCUUGUUGGGCAGAAGAGCCAAAUUCUGACACAUUCAAGUUUCACCUAGCUAGGGUUCCCGAUUACUUGUGGGUUGCUGAAGAUGGAAUGAAAGUGCAGAGUCUUGGCUGCCAGUUAUGGGACUCUGCCUUUGCUACUCAAGCAAUUAUUGCAAGUGAUCUUGUUGAUGAGUUUGGAGCUACCCUGAAAAAGGCUCACAAUUUCAUUAAACAAUCACAGGUUCAAGAAAACCCAUCUGGUGACUUUAGGAGUAUGUAUCGGCACAUUUCUAAAGGGGCUUGGACUUUCUCUGAAAGAGAUCAAGGUUGGCAAGUCUCAGAUUGUACAGCCGAAGCAUUAAAGGCUGCUCUUCUACUUUCACAAAUGUCUCCAGAGAUCGUGGGAGAAAAAAUUGAACCUGAACGAUUAUAUGAUGCUGUGAAUUUUCUUCUUCGUCUACAGGGCAAAAGUGGAGGUUUUGCACUUUGGGAACCGGCAACAGCAAAACCAUGGUGGGAGUGGUUAAAUUCUUCAGAUAUUUUUGCAAAUGCUUUCGUUGAGCAUGAGCAUGUUGAAUGCACAGCAUCUAUAGUCCAAGCUCUAGUAUUGUUCAAACAUUUAUACCCAACACACCGGGCCAAAGAAAUAGAAAUCUCUGUUGCAAAAGCAGUACGUUUUAUUGGAGAUAUGCAAAACCCAGAUGGUUCUUGGUAUGGGAAUUGGGCAAUUUGUUUCACCUAUGGGACAUGGUAUGCAUUACGAGGACUAGUUGCUGGUGGGAAGACAUAUUCCAAUAGCCAAACAGUCCGAAAAGCCUGUCAGUUUUUGCUUUCAACACAACAGGACACAGGUGGUUGGGGAGAGAGUUAUCUUUCAUGCCCAAAUAUGGAAUAUACGCCAUUGGAAGGAAACCGUUCCAAUUUAGUACAAACAUCAUGGGCUAUGAUGGCUCUUACUCAUGCUGGACAGGCUGAGAGAGAUCCAACACCUUUACAUAAAGCAGCAAAGCUAUUAAUAAACUCGCAAAUGGAAAGUGGUGAUUUUCCUCAACAGGACAUCACUGGGGCCUCCAUGAAAAAUUGUAUUCUACAUUACGCCACGCAUAGGAGCGUCUUUCCUCUCUGGGCGCUUGCGGAAUAUCGCAAGCAUGUGUUCUUGUCACCCUAAAACCUCUAGCAAUAUCCAACUUUUAAAUGGACUAUAUUAUUCACUUGUACAUCUCUCAUAAAUUAUUUGUCACAGAGAAAUUUCAAAAUGGUCUGGUUGAGUGUUCUAGUUCCAGUGGGGCCAAAAUAUGUAUCGAGUGUGUUUGCUUGAAUUUUCAAAUAACAAAAUGAAAUAAAAUAAAAAAGAAGUCCAGUGUACUAAUGGUAGUAUAGCUUAGUUCAUGUAUUUUACAGGUUUAUUAAAGGGUAAUAUUGGCCUACUCACAGGUGAAUGGUUCAACUAGUCUGCCUUUGUCUCAUUGUUGUUUAACCUCAUUUUCAAUCAAAGCUUUGAAAUUUACCCAAAAUAAUUUAUCAGCACAGGAAAUUACUGGAGUGUACAUGAAGAAUUGUAUGCUAGCCGUAGUAAAUCAGGAAACAUGUCCGGCUACAUUCCCAAAAGCUCUAAAACCAUGAGGCUUUCGAUCGUCUCUCGGCCUUUAAGAAUUUGCAAUCUGGGAAAUAUUUUCAGAAAAGAGUGAUUAUAUUUUGAAAUCGGGUAUGAGAUGUUACAGGUGUAUGUAAAUGCGAAUGAAAUGUUGGAUACGUGCACACCAC